AUGUCUCAGUUGUUGAGCCAGCUGAUAAAGCGGACGAGGGUGGAGUGUGAGGAGGCAAUGAGAGGGAUUGUGAGGGCGUCCAAUGGGAUGGCUGGAUGCUCCUUGCUCGAACAUGAUAUCGUUGGAGCGGUGAACGAGUACCGGGAUGUGUUGAUGAUGAAUGAGAAGCACAAGGAUGAUGAGAUGAGGAUCGACUCUCUCCAGCUCAUCCACACCAUACACAACCUCAUCACCCUACUCACUCAACCACCAAAACGCGAGCACGAGUGCAGAUACAUGCGUAGGAGGGAGGUGUUCGUUAUGAAGACCAAGUUGGCAUGUGUCAAUCAAAUGCAGACGGUCCACAAGCUGACCAAUCAGAUGGAAAGUCCGUAUGAUUGGUGGCUGGGAUUGUUGAAGUUGAUUGCAGGACUGCGAUUGGACGAGGUCCUCAUCAAUAGAAUUCAAACUGACCUAUCAGAUAACGCGCAGGGGUCUAUGUUCAUAAGCAGAUGCCCUUUCUGCAAAGCCCACAAGUUGUUUGAAGCCUAUGAGACCUACUUAUUUGCAUUCAAAGACAAGGAGACAGCCAAUCAGGUUUUAGAAAAACACGGAAAUAGAAGUACUAAGGGCAACAACGAUGAUGAUGACGAUGAAGACGAUGAUGACAAAGGCAGGAAGUACGAUAAUCACGUCAAUGAUGAUGAUGAUGAUGGCGACAAACAUCUAAUAGAAUUGGGACAGCAUCAUGUUGCUUGGUACGAAGCUGCCAAGAGAGAGUUCAAGUUACUGCGUGUUUUGUGGCAAGCCCUGAGAGAAAAGGUGUCCUCGUAUGAUGAGAUGAUGAUGGCGAAGAUGAGGAUGAGGUGGAGGCAGGAGGGGGAGGAGGUUCAACCCGGUGACCAUCACGUCGUCGAGAGAGACACUUUGAAAGAGGUAAGAAUGAAGUUCAAGACCGAACGAAUGAUGGGUGAAAAUGAGCUGAAGAACAAAAAGAGCCAGCUAAACUACCUCAAAAACAUGUUCAAGAACCACGGUAAUUCCUCAACGAGGGCAACCAAUCCUGACCCGUGCCCUGUGUGUCAAAACAAGCUAGGUACUAAGUGGAGCGUGAUGCAGUGUGGUCACUGCUUCUGUCUGCACUGCAUGAGAAUUCUCGCACAGGACACCAGCCACCAUUUUUAUCCUCGUCGCCACCAUCAUCACCAUCAUCAUCAUAACCGAUCGCCAUCCUCAUCCUCACUACUAUCAUCAUCGUCAUCAUCAUCGUCGUCGUCAUCAUCAUCAUUUAAAUGCCCGUUGUGUCGCGUGCCAACUCUGAUGAGGGACGUGUCGUUCGUUUGCACGAAAUCAUCGUCGUCGUCACUCUUCGGCGAGGAUGAUCUCACUGUUAAGGGAGAUUGGUCCACUAAGAUCGAGGAGGUGGUCAGGCUGGUCCUUAAGAUCAUAGGGGCGGAUCCAAGCAGCAAGAUACUUAUUUUUUCUACUUGGUCAGAUGUGUUGGACCUCGUGUCCGAAGCACUAACCGGAAAUGACGUCAAACAUCAGUCCUUGACCAGGAGAUACAAGUUUGAUGAGAACUUGCAGUGCUACAAAGAGGACGUCACUCAGAGAUGCCUCCUCCUACCCAUCCACUCAGGUUCGAACGGUCUCAACCUCAUCGAAUCAAAUCACGUCAUCUUCGUUGAGCCCAUCCUAAACCCCGCCCAGCUGUUACAGGCCGUUGGAAGAGUCCACAGGAUUGGUCAGACCAGACCAACAUUUAUCCACCACAUGUUGGUGAGGAACACCAUCGAAGAGAAACUGCACCACCUCCUCAGCAGAACAGAUGCCAGGGUGCCCAUGGAGACCAGGAACUCCGAGGAAACGACCUUGACCCUUCACCAGUUCAAUGACCUUUUCUCAUCCGCCCACUGCUACGACGACGAUGAUGAUGAUAGUGACAACGAUGAGGACGAUAAUGAUGGAGAGGGUGAAAAUCGUUGUAAUAGCAAAAAUAUUGACAACAACAUCAACAACAACCACAACAACAAAAGCAACAGCAUCAACAACAACACUUGUACUAGCACUAAUACUAAUAAGACAAACAGUCGCGUUAAGAUCAGUUCAAGUCUUAUGUAGUUUAUGUUGUUGCUAAUUAAAAUUUGUUUUGUUUGUCUGUGCAGACAAAAAAAUUAGUUGCCGUUGUUGGGAUUCGUUGUGUUGUAGAGUAAUUUUAAAGCGAUAAGUUUUCAAUGUGGCAAAAUUUACUUUCGUAUGUAGUUCAUUGAGAUACGUGUUUGUUUAACUUAUUUGUUUAACAAAUUGUUUAACUUUGUAAGUUUGUUGUCUAGUUGUUAAGCGUUUGUUCAUUGAUGGUACUGUUUAAUUUUUGGGCUUUAGCAAAGAGUUUAUUCGUUUAAUUUGUGCCCUUUAUAUGUGCAGUCUUACACUGGUUUGAUGUCUAAUUUUGAAUAAAUUAAUCUAUUAACAUUUCAUAAACCGUGUCAUCAUGUACGUAUAUUUUCUGAUUAAUGUUUCAAGUUUUUUUUUUCACUAUUUCUCAUUUCAUUCAUUCGUUACAUUCUGUAUAAAAUAUUAUUGUAUUUUAAGAAUAAAAUUUCAAUUAAUCAAUUGAUUGCUUUUUGUAGAAGGCGGUCGGUUAGAAUCAAAUUGCAAUAAAGUAAAUCAAAUCUUCUAUUAGAUUUUGUCAGUAUAUUUGUUUUAAAAUUAAAACUUUUUAUGAAAUAUUCAAUCAAUACGUUUUAAAUGUAAAAUGAUUAAAGAUGAGAAG